UCGUGGAGUAAGGACGUGUACUCGGCAACGCUCCGUGUUGCAGCGCGAUAACUUCGGCAGUUUUAGUGGAAUCAAAUCGUGCGAUACGUCAAUCGACGCGUCUCGUCGCCGCGGUUAUUUUGAUAUAUCGGUCGUCAAAAUCGGACUAAAAGUGUAAAAGUUAUGGGACCUCAAAGUUCGGUUUUUGGCCCAUUUAAUUAACAUAGAGUGUGAAAACGUGCGAAAACCUCGUGGCAGGUGUCGUAUUUCCGGGCCAUCCGCUGUCUGCGGCGCGGUGCUCGGGAGUUUUUCCCCGGAUAGGUGCUCGGGAAAGGCAGGCCCGACCCUGCAUAUACAGCGUGUGCCAUAAACGAUGAAAAUGUACAGUGUGUUUAAUUUGUAAAAAUUUUUCAAAAAUUUUAUUUUAGUGCAAAAAUGACCUUUGCGAACUGUAUACAGCGUGUAUAAUACUAAGAAACCCCCGCGGUACAUGUACAGAGUGUUUCAUAAUUAAAAUUCCGGUAAAAAAGUGUAUAAAAAUAUAAAAAAGCGUAUAUCUCGGAAACGGUUGGACUUACGCGGUUUUUGACGAAAUUUGCUUUGGGUCAAUCCUUUGUGGUACUUUUGGAGGGGAAGCCCCCUGGCAACUUUGGAGUCCCUAGCCCCCAUAGGAGAGGAGGGGGGACCCAUUUUCACUGUGAUAUAUAUAUAUAUAUAUACAAAAAGUGCUGUAGAAGGCGAACCAGUGGAAGGAGGAAGAAGAAAAGGAGGAACCAGGAAGAAUACAUGCAGAUAAACAUCAUAUAGUGCAGAAACCACGUAAGUGUAAAGAUUUUUGGACUUAGGUGAUGAACACUUUUCUGAGUGAAAUAGCGAGCUAAAUGAAAAUUUUAAGAUGCAGAACUAUUGUGCGAACCAUACAAAGAGUAUGGAGGACCUGAACAAGUUUUUCCUGGUGUAAAUUCUUGAGAUUUUUAGUGUUUGGUGAGUGAUCACAACUUUGAAGAUUUUUGAAAACUGACUCUGAUUUCGAUACUGUGCAUGACUUUGACGCUCUUAAUUGAUGUUCUUAUACUUUUGCUUUUGUGUCCCUUGUGUUUUUGAUUUUUACCAUGAAAUUAUGUCGGUCUUUUACGAAAUAACGCGUUAUGAGAGACUUUGUUAACCCUCUGUUUGGGUCCAGACCCAGGACUCCAAUCCAGGACCGUCAUUUAAUUGCCGAGGCAGCCGAGGCGAGAUUGAGAGCAAUGACGGAUAACGUCGCAAACGUCGUUGCUAACAACGAUAAUGGUAGCUGGAGCACCCAAAGGAGCUCCACUACCAAUUCAGCGAGCAACUACAACAGCGCGAAUUCAGCGAGUAACUAUAACAGCGCGAACAGUACCAUUUUUGGCACGGCAGCAAGUGGCACCAGCUAUAACAGCGUACCGGGAAGCGCAGCGAGCUCAACAAACUACUGCAGUGUUCCAACCAACAGCGCGACCAGCGAGUACAACAGUGCCCAUAGCACCAGCUAUGGCACUGCAGCGAGUACAUCUUAUAACAGCGUCAACAGCGAAAAUAGUGCCCAGCCGCGAAGGAGAAGAGCGAGGGAGGACUUUCCAGCCCCAAGAUGGGAAACGCGCUUUAACACCCCGCUCUGCCAAGAAAUCGAAACAGCAGCGAGAAGAGGAGUAAAUCAAGCCUUUGAAGAAAGAAGAAGACAAAAUGCGCAAACGCAAGACAGACAAACUAGCAACAGCAUCUUGAAUCCCCUAGGAGCCGCGUUCAGAGGAAUCAUGGAACAGGGAGCGAGCAAAACAACAAACAAGGACUUUGUAUGGCGGAGAUAUAAUGACGUGGUCAAAAGACCACCCCCAGUAGUCAAUAACAUCACGAUAAUAAAAGAAAGCCCUAAAGAGACAGCGAGCCAAUUAAUCCCGACUAAGAAAAUAAGCGAGGAAGAAAGAAUCCAAAUAGAACAGAGAAGAGAGAAAGAAGACCAAGAAAAGAUAGAAACAAUCAAAGAAAUACUAGACACCUUGAAGCUAAAAGGAAACCUUAAAAGCGUAAAUAAGGAAAGCAAAGAGUUCCAAAUAACACACAUCGCGUAUGAAAGAUUCUUCGUAAAAACUUCCCAUAAGAAAUACGAAAUAUCGAAGAACUACAUGAUUCUAUUAAUGAGAGCUAUCCACGGAGAGAAAUUCGAGAAACUGAUUCGGGGAAAAACACUAACAGAAGAAGGAAUGUACAUUUGGAUACAAGAAACAGAAGCGGAAUACAUUAUAUGGUUCGCGAGACACCAAUACGUAAUAGCGAAUAGUGAAGUUAAGAAGGAAGAGUCGACGGGGCAUGGAAGCAGGAUCGCCCCGAACGAUCUUAUUGCUAUGGCCGUCCCAACCGGGCAGACAUCAUCAAGUAGUGAAGAAGAAAAAGAAGAACAUAAAGAAAGGGCCGUGGACAGCCGAACAGAAGACUCGACAGCGGACUCCGAAACGGAGAUCAAAAAGGCGAUUUCUAGAGUGGAGCAAACCCGACAGGGUAUGAAGAUGAGGAAAAGGAACAAGAGAAACCUUGAAAAAGAACAAGAAGAAGCUAGAGAAACCGAGAAGCGCAAGUUAGAAAAAUUCAAGAAGAUGAAGGACGCCCCAAAAGCCAAGACCAUAGAAGAAGAAGCGUUGGAAUCGGAAAGGAGAAAAUUAGCUAAAUUCGAAGAAUAUAAGAAGAACCUGAGCGAGAACACAAGAGAAGAAGAAGAAAUGGCAGAGGAAAUCAGAAACAUGGAAAAGCGAAUAGAAGAAAUCAAAAUAAGGAAACAAGAACUAGCCAAGCAGAAGGAAGAAGAAAAGAGAAAAGCCGAAGAACUGAAGAGGAAGGAAGAAGAAAAGAAGAAAGAAGAGCUAGCUAGAAUAGAGAAGGAGAAGAAAGAAGAACAGAGGAGAAAGGAAGAAGAACAGAGAACAAGAAAAAGGAUGGAAAAGAGAGAGAGAGAGAUAAAAAAGAUGUUAAGAAGACAAGAAGAAGACAACGAAAGGCUACAAAAUGGCAUACGUAGCAGAAGCUCAACACCCUCCUCAGAAAGCAGUCUAGAAUCGGAACUAGAAUAUAUUCAAAGCUCAGACGAGACUGGAACAGAAAGGAGCUUCCACAUGGAGUUUAAAGAAGCGGAAGAAAGAGAAUGCGAGUCCCCCGGGGAGGACACAAGA